AUGGACUUAUCGCAUGCACAAACCGUGGAGCGGAUACGAAAAUGGUCUGUAAAGUACAAUGGAGGAGUAGAUCCAAUAGAUUUUGUGGAAAGCAUAGAAGAGUUAGCAGAACUUGACGUCAACGUGAAUCUAGUUCCCAGGAUGAUGCCUGUACUGCUUGAAGACAAAGCACUGAUGUGGUACCGGAACAACAAUAAACAGUGGAACCUCUGGUCAAGCUUCAAAACAGACUUUCUAAAAUUUUUUCUUUCAUCUAGAUAUUUCAAAAGAUUAGAAGACGAGGUGCGAACACGAUUUCAAAAGAAGCAAGAAAGUUUUAAAGAUUAUUCACUAGAAAUUAAAUAUCUUAUGCGACACACAGGCAUGAACCAAGAUUUACAAUUGGAACGAAUAUACCGAAAUAUGCGCACAGAGUACCAAAUGUACAUCAAACGUCGAGACUUUUCGAGCUUAACAGAAUUAGCAAUACUAGCAGAUGACUUCGAAGAACUUGGCGCAGAACAGGAUAAAGUGAGUCGAGGCAGUGUUCGACAGGAAGUGAUAGUUGGUCGCAUAGAAGUUGAAUAUCCACAAACGAUGGUAUUGGAAAAUACAGUGAGACGCAUACCUACUACGCCGAUACAGGACAAACUUAUUCCCAGUUCAAAUUCCGAGUCACCUAUCCUCAACCAGCAGAGAAGUAAUCAGCAACGCUACCAACCGACAGCUAAGCAAGUAACAGCACGAAUCAUACAAGAUCAAGAUAUAUUUCAAAAUCAACUGUACCAAGUAUCAACUCAGCAGAAUAUCCAACAUGUCAUGCCAGUUAAAGGAAAUCUAAAACCAUUCAAUCGGAACCAAGUCACAGAAGUUCAACAAAUGCUGCAGGUCCAACCAUGCGAACCAAAGCAAGAAUCACAAAAUAUUAGGCCCAUCAGAGGAAAUUCGCAGAUGCAAGAAACACAAAGACAAGUAAACCUAAAACUUACAAAGAAGAAUCCCGAAGUAUUUAAGCCAGCACGAGUUACACCAGAUCAGGAAAUAUUUCAAAGUCAAACAAAGCAAGUAUCAGUACAGGAAACAUCGCAACAUAUCACGUCGUUCAAAGAAAACUUAAAAUCGUUCAAUCAGGACCAAGCCACAGAAUUUAAACAAAUGCUCAAAAUCCAACCGUGCAAACCACAGCAAGAUUCAAGACCCAACAAGCAAAAUCACAAAGUAUCUAUACAACAGCGAGUCACACCAAACCGUGAAAUAGUAUCAGUUGAAAUACAAGAACUACAAAACCAGUUAAAAUCAAGAUUUAUCAAAGAAAAUCUCGAAGUAUGUAAACAACAGCAAGACACCCCAAAUCAUCAAAUAUUACAAGUUCAAACACAGAAAGUACAACGACAGAAAGAACCAAGCGUAAUCAAAGCGCAAAAACAAAAGAUUCAACGGCACAAAGAUCCAAGUCCUAGCAAGAAAAAUUUACAGGUAGUUAAUCAACCAAAAAGAAAUCUAGAAAGAAUUAACCUAGUCCAAGUCAUACAAGAUAAACCGCCGUUUCAAAUACCACCACCGCAAAGACUCCAACAUGUUACACCUACUGAAGAAUAUCCACGAGUGCAAGAGGCACAUUCACAAUGUUCACAGCUUCAAGAAGAACAACUUAGGAGACCAUCGACCGAAUUAUUAAGAACCUCGUUACCUUCCAUACCUCAAGAUCAAGUACACUCAGAGACGUCGCUAAUACCGCGACAGGAAAUACCCGUCAAACAAGCAAAACAAAAUCAACAGGAGAUUGAAGUCAUCGAAAAUAAAACUGUGCAACAUCGAAUGACUCACAAAACCCCAAGUCCCAUUCAAGAAUCACAAUGUGUUUCACAUCAAGGAAAAGAUAAUUGCACGCAACCGAAAGAUAAAGUAGCUAUCCCUAUGGUGCAAAUAAAAGAACAACGUCUCGGAAGUUGGAAUUCUUCCAGCAAUCGAACUCAGCAAAAACAAAUGGAAAGUCAAGGUGAACUCCAGCAGAGCGAUCACGACUAUAUUAACACGCAUCAAGACAAGUUUUACAAAGUGUUUAAAUCUUCAAAGAAACGAAAUAGAAAUCACUCAAGCAGGUAG